GAACUAAAUAUUUUUAGGUAUCCUGUUGGUCUGAUAAACAGAUUCCUGUCAAUUGCACUCAACUCCACAAUGAUCCUUCUAACAUUUGCAUGUACCCAUCGUAUUUUACUUAUUUUAUGGUACUAGCAUUAAUAGCCACUUCGAUGUUAACUCAAUUGUCACAUUUCACCAAAGCUGCUAUCCUAGUCAUUAUAACUCUCAUUCACUGUAUCAUUAAUGUGAUCACUGUUAGUAGUGCUAUUGACUGUGAAGAUUCCAUAAAUUGCAAACCUUACAGGAUUUUAUCGUCUAAGUACGCUUUAUCUUUUUUGCUCGCUGCCGUUACAAUGGCACUGAUGUUUUUAGCAAGAAAUAUGGACAAAUCGUCGAGGGUUCUCUAUUUAUGGCGAACAGAAGUAGAGGAACAACGAGAAAGAGCCUCGGAUAUUCGACGACGUAAUGAAGCAUUAGUAUACAAUAUAUUACCACCACAUGUAGCCAAACAUUUUCUUGGUAGUUAUAAACGUCAACAUGAAGAACUGUACAGUCAGAGUUAUGCUGAAGUUGGUGUGUUAUUUGCUUCAAUGCCUAAUUUCUCAGAUUUCUACUCAGAAGAGACAGUUAACAAUCAAGGUUUAGAAUGUUUAAGAUUCCUCAACGAGGUCAUAUCUGACUUUGAUGCUCUUCUAGAGCAACCACGAUAUCAAGAUAUUAUUAAAAUUAAAACUAUUAGCUCCACUUAUAUGGCAGCUAGUGGACUAAACCCAUCUAGAGUAGUUAAGGUGAAUAAUCAUAAAUUUUGA